AUGGCAGCGCCGCCCGAGGAGCCGCUGGCGCGGGAGGCCGCGCUGCUCGCCGUGGACGCGGCGCUGCUGGCCGGCGUGCUCAUGCGCACGCAGGAGGAGCCCGGCGCCUCGCAGGUGGUGAGUUAUGCUCCCUUCACGUUGCUCCCAUCAGCAGUACCCAGUGCCCUGUUUGAGCAAGCGUAUGCUGUUCAGCAAGAUUUCAACCUGCUUGUGGAUGCCAUUAGCCAGAACAAAGAAUUCCUGGAGCGAACUCUUGCCAGCACCAUCAAGGUCGACGACUUCACGGCUCGACUCUUCCGGAUCUACACGCAGGUUCUGGAGGAAGGAUUGGCUCAGUCUGUGUUUUUAGGCAUAAAUCGCUCGGAUUACAUGUUUGACUGUGGCGUGGAUGGGACGCCGGCGCUGAAGCAGAUUGAAAUCAACACCAUUGCUGCCAGCUUCGGGGGCCUCACGUCCCGCACCCUGGCCGUUCACCGGCAGGUGCUGAAGAUGCUGGGAAGAACUGAGGAGGCCUCACGGCUACUGCCCAACAAUCCAGCCCAAGGACUUGCCCUGGGAAUUGCGAAAGCCUGGGAGCUCUACGGUUCACAGAGUGCCGUGGUGAUGUUCCUGGUGGAGGAAGUGCAAAGGAAUAUCUUUGAUCAGCGAUGUGUAGAAAAUGAGCUCUGGAACAGGAAUAUUCGGGUCAUCAGGAAGCAGUUCAGAGAUGUGUUUGAGAAGGGCUCUCUAGAUGAUGCCAGGAGGCUGUAUAUAGAUGGCCAGGAGGUAGCAGUGGUGUACUACAGAGAGGGCUACGUGCCCCAAAACUACGAUCCACAGAACUGGGAGGCACGAUUGCUGCUGGAGAGGUCGAGGGCAGUGAAGUGCCCUGACAUUGCUACCCAGCUGGCUGGGACCAAGAAGGUCCAGCAGGAGCUGACCCGUCCAGGGACACUGGAGAAACUCCUGCCAGGCCGGGCAGCAUCCGUGGCUCGGAUAAGAGCCACGUUUACUGGGCUCUAUUCCCUGGACUUGGGAGAAGAGGGUGACAAGAUGGCUGCGAAGGCCAUUGCUGACCCCGACCGCUUCGUGCUGAAGCCACAACGAGAGGGUGGAGGGAACAACCUCUAUGGUGAAGAGCUCAGGCACGUUCUGGAGAAGAUCAAAGACAGCCCUGAGAGGACCUCAUACAUUCUGAUGGAUAAGAUCAAACCACGGCCAUCAAAGAACUACCUGCUGCGGCCUCACACUCCGCUGAAAGUUUCCGAGUGCAUCUCGGAGCUUGGGAUUUUUGGUGUCUACGUCAGGCAGGGCAAGGAGCUGGUGCUGAACGAGUCGGCCGGGCACCUGCUGCGGACCAAGGCGAUCGAGCACGCGGACGGCGGCGUCGCGGCCGGCGUGGCCGUGCUGGACACCCCCUACCUGGUGUGAGGGGGCCAUGCCCCAUCCUUGCUCUGCUGCCCGAGGAGCUCGGCUGCCGCGGGGAUGUUUUCCCUCAGGGUGCAGUUACCAAGGUCCUGAGGUGUUUGGGAUCAUGAGGAGGGACUGUACAACGUGCCAGGCCCAGCUUCCCAUUUGCAAUUCCCCUGUCGAAGGAAGAGAUUCCCUUCUCCUUCCUGCCCAGUGGGUCCAGACCUGCCCCAGGUGCAGCUCCCAGUCCUGACCUCCCACUAUUCCAUUGAUGGGAUGUUUCCUUGAGCACUGAGCAUCUCCUGCCUGAGCUGCCACUACUGUGUGAGGGAGCAGGGCAGCAGCUGAGAGGCCUGGCCUCUUUAAUCACCCUCCAGGACUUGUGGCGUGGUGAGAUGGGCACCUUUGUGGGUGGGAAACAAGGGGAGCACAGAGGGCAGCAAACGCAGCCCGAGCUGUGUCUUCAGACCCAGGAUUUUCCUUCGUUCCUCCCUGGAGCAGGGGGCAGUUGCUCGUGGCAGCCCAUUGCUGCCUGCGUGGCUCUGCCACUGCUGUCACCGCAGGGACCAGUGGCAGUGGACAGCGAGAGGUGUCUCCCUGAGGUUUCGUGUACUGGUGGGAACAGGGAAGGGGGCAAAUGGGCCCCUUCAGAGCCCUGGCACAGG